AUGUUUCCUGUCCCAUGUCUUGUGGGCUGUCCUGGAAGACUCCUGGAAAUAGUUACCAGCUACCAAAGAAAAGUUAAUCGAGGCCCACCAUGUGUCCUGUCUUUUGUCUGUAAGAUUAAUGACAGAAAAGGCCAUUUCCUGGUUACCAAGGCGAAGGAGAUUGGAUUUCCAUUAGGGAGCCAAGAGAUUGGGUUUCUAGUCAAGGAGCUUAAAGCUGGAAGGAGUGUCAUGUUCAAAGGCAGAGAGUUUUUCCCUGGUGAUUUGCUGACUCCGGACAGCCCUGGUCCAACCUUUCUUGUGGUGGAGUGUCCAACUGAAGACUUCAUAACUCCCAUGACUGAGAAUGAAACAUUGAAGAGGUAG